GUGUCGUGUUCUUAGUGUCGCAUGCAUCUGCCACACAUUGGAUUCCGUUACCUGCCUCGCUGUAACGUAACGAAACGUAACUUAACGUGACGUGUAAGUUACUUUAGACUGUGGUCUCGCGCGGCUCACCAGAUGGUGGCGGGUGCUAAUCUACUUAGAGGCGCUGGUCAGUGUGCCGCAGUUUCUCAUCAAUGAGAGAAGACGAGGAGGAGGAGAGCCCAGACAAGUGUUUUGCUGUCAUUCGGUGUUUAUUUUUUUCUAUCUGAAAGCCAGAAGUUGAGCGACGGGAAACGUAACAAGUGGACGAAGGAAUAUUUUCCCGGCGUCGCUUGCCAGGUGUUUAGCUAACAUAUUCAGGUAACGUGCUAACUUAGCCACAAUAUCAGCAAGUUGGACUUUUACGGAUUUCAAAUGAAUGGAGCUUUGUUAUGCCAGGAGCCAGCAGCAACAGGUUGUGAAAUCCUACCUAUCAUGCAAGGCUUUGGCUGUGGUUUCUGCUGUGUGUGUGUGCUCGGAGUUAACCGAGACCGAAGCUUUGCACCUUCACCCCUGGGGGCAUCGGCCUGUUAAAAAUGUUCCCGUAACCCUGGAACCAUGAAACCAUGCCAGUCAUCACUUAUUCAAGCGGUUCUGGAAGGUUUCCAAGGCAUCUCCAACUCCUGGUACAUCUCUCUGGCCUCCAGAAUAUUUCAAAACCUCAUACCACAUUGUUAAACCUUUAGAUUCUGCCGUAUUUUAGGGUAAAUAUGAGGCCACUAAAAGCAGCAAAGAGUAGAAUAUUUCAUAUGACUAGACACAUGUUGAGCCAAACGGAAGAGAGGAUGGACAGUGGACAUCAAUUACGGCUUGACUGGGAAGUUGGAAAAGUUGAGGAAGAAGUUGGAGGACAAUGGACGGAAAAAAUGCAAACAGAAAUAGAAGCUAGCGGAUUUCCAUUCCUGGAGGAUGAAUACCAGCAGAAAGAAAACAAGAGCCAUAAAAUAAUGUUGGUGAUGAGGUGGCAUCACAUAUUUCUAUGGCUCUGGCUCCUGUGCAUCAGUCCAAAACCUGGUUAUUCACAGGGACAUUUUCCGCCAAUGGAGAACAUUGCUGCCUUCAAACCCGUGUCCACCUCUCCAGCUCGUUCCACCUGUGGGGUUCCAGAUCGGAGUGUCUACUGUCAGCCGGCUUCCUUGAAGACCGAGCUGCUCAUGUGCCAUCAGGCCUCCUGUGACCAGGAGUGUCCUUAUAGAUCCUCCACACCACCUUAUGCCCCACUAUUACUACCUAUGUACAGGGGUUCGUGUGUAACUGAAGACACAACUGACACCCCUCCAGCCCUCCAUCAGACUUCAGCAUUUGGGAAUAAAAGCACCUCUAAGUCAAAUGGGCUCUCCGAUGGAUCCGGCAGUGUUAUGUUUCCACCAGGCCAACAGGGAUGCCUAGUCUCGCCCCACUCACAGAAACUGGGAGCUUCUGGAUCCCUCACCCUGGCAUUAUGGAUUAAACCAAGCUCUCCUGGAGAGAUGAUGCUGCUGGAGAAGAGCUCAAGAGAGCGAUUAGUUUUUUCAGUGACAAUGUCUGAACAGAUUGUCAGUUUGCACUACAUCCAGUCCAGAAGUUUAACUCCUCAGACGGCCACCUUCAGAACAGAGGGGCGACUUGUUUUGGGCAGGUGGACACACCUUGUUUUACAGGUCCAUGACAGACACGUCAGUCUGUUCCUAAAUGGGCUAGAGGAGGACGGGACACCUUUUGAGACACAAUCACUGACCACCAGACUGCAUGACAGCAGUGAGGACAGUGCCGUGAGGGUGGGACUCAGCUCCAAAGGGUCCAAUCAGUUCAUGGGUUGGAUGCAGGACUUUAGAUUUUAUCCUUCCACUUUGACCAACAGGGAAAUAGUUGAGAUUUAUUCAGGUGCCCUGCCACAGCUCCAUUCCCAGUCUGAAUGCCGCUGCCCUCCCACUCACCCCAGGGUGCACCCUUUAGUAGAACGAUACUGUAUCCCCAAUGCUGUUGAGGACACCACCAAUGACAGAGUCUUACGGCUAAACCUCAAUGCAUAUCCACUCGCUUACAUCAAUGAUCAGGACAUGGGUACCACGUGGCGCUCUAAGAUCUUUACCACACAGGAACUGGACGAGGGGCUCACUAUUACUGUAGAUUUGGAAAAUGGACAAUACCAGGUGUUUUAUGUCAUAAUUCAGUUUGGUAGCCUCUUGCCAGAGUCACUUCUGAUCCAAAGACAAAGACUCCCACAUCAACAGAACAGUAUGCACACAGAGGAAUCCUGGUUAGACUGGCAGUACGUGGCUAAAGCCUGCGGCGUGUUUGAGAUGCAGAAUAAUGGGCCUUUGCUAGCACCAGACUCAGUCAACUGUCUCCAGCUGCCCAGCGAGGUGCCCUACUCUGGAGGUAACAUCACAGUUAGCCUGCUGAGCCCAGAGCCAAACUUGAGGCCAGGCUACAAUGAUUUCUACAACACCCCUGCUCUUCAGAAGAUGGUACAUGCCACUCAGGUCCGGAUACAUCUUAGAGGACAAUACCACACGAGAGCAGCCAAGGUGGACCAGCGACACAGACACUAUGCCAUCAAAGAAAUCACCAUCAGUGGCAGGUGUGAGUGUCAUGGCCAUGCAGACCACUGUGACACCAGCCUCACUCCCUACCGCUGUCUGUGUCUGCCUGAAAGCCACACUGAGGGAAACAAUUGCCAGCGCUGUGCACCCCUUUACAAUGACAAACCCUUCCGGCUAGGUGAUCAGCUGCAGCCAAUGAACUGCCGGCCUUGCCAGUGUCAUGGCCACGCCCACUCCUGUCACUAUGACACCCAGAUGGAUGACAAGCCAACAGAACAAUACCUGGGAGGAGGAGGAGUCUGUGACAACUGCAUGCACAACACAACCGGUAGGAACUGUGAGCUGUGCAUAAGUGGGUUUUUCAGGUUGGAGCAUUCUGAUCCUGCUUCAGCUCAUGUUUGCCAGCCCUGUGACUGUCACACUGCUGGAACUGUCAAUGGCAGCACUGACUGUUUUCAGGUUGGAGGCCAAUGUGAGUGCAAGGCUGCUGUAAGAGGGCGCCGCUGUGCUGACUGCUCACUCGGCUGGCACAGCCUUCAAGCCUCCAAUCGUGAAGGCUGCCUCCGCUGUAACUGCAGUGAUUUGGGCACUGUCAGCUCCUCAACAGGAAGUGGUCCAAGCUGCAACCAGCACACAGGACAGUGCCAGUGUAAAGCCCAUGUGACAGGUCUGUCUUGCGAUCGUUGUGAAUUCGGUUAUUGGAACCUGUCCCAUCCAGACGGCUGCAUCCCCUGCGACUGCGACCCCCUGGGAUCACUCAGCCCAUUCUGUGAGCCUGGGGGCGGACAGUGUGAGUGUAAGGCCGGAGUUGGGGGCCAGCGCUGUGAUUCCUGUGGCCGGGGUUUGUCUGGUUUAAGGCUGGAAGGAACCUGCACCCCAUGCAACUGCUCAAAAGAGGGAACCGUACCUGGGACAGACUGUGAUCAUCACACGGGUCAAUGUGUGUGCAAGGAAUACGUGGAAGGCCGUCUCUGCGACUCUUGUCGUCAUGGUUACCACACCUUAGAGCUCCGAAACUCCCUGGGCUGUCUGCCAUGCGUGUGUGACAUCAGCGGCACUGUGCCGGAUGGCGUAUGUGAUAUGUGGACAGGACAGUGCCCGUGCAGAGACGGAGUUGAGGGGGUGCAGUGCACCAACUGUGCCCCAAACUACUACAAUGCAACUUCAGAUGCCCAAAAGGGGUCAUCAAUUGGCUGUGUACCAUGUACAUGUGACCCAAGAGGAAUAGUGGCUGGUUCAGUGUGUGACAGCACUACGGGCCAAUGUGUGUGUACACCAGCACGCUACGGAAAAGACUGCUCCACAUGCCGGCCUGGUUUUUACCUUUCUCCAGAUCUGAGUAUUUGUGUGGAGUGUGACUGCCACCCCAUGGGUGCCAUGCAGCGUAAGUGUGAAAGCCAGACUGGCCAGUGCGUGUGUGCCCAUCCUUCGGUGGGAGGGCGAAGAUGCAACCACUGUCGGGAGACCUUUUUUGGAUUCAACCCCGGCUUGGGAAGAUGCCAACCAUGUGCAUGUGACCAGGCGGGCAGUGUCAGUGGCUCUUGUAACCCAGACUCAGGAGUUUGUGCAUGUAAGCUGCUGGUUACUGGGGACAAAUGUGAUUCAUGUCAACAUGGAGCGAGCCAUUUGCAUACAGAGAAUGUCUAUGGCUGCAGUAAAGCUCCCUCUCAACAACCUGCCCCUGUUGCUUUGGCUCUCAGCUAUUCUGCCAUUAAUCUGACUUGGCAUCAGCCUGACUCCCCAAACUCAAACAUACUCAACUACACUCUCAUCAGGAAUGGACAACCUGUGCACAGCAUACAGUGUAGCUAUCCUUUCAGGCCUGAAUUAUUCGAAGAUACCCAUUUGUCUCCAUACACAAACUAUUCUUACUGGCUUAUUACAACUAAUGUCGCUGGUGUGACAACUAGUGCAACUGCUUCCUACCAAACUUUAGGAGCACCACCUGAACAGGGCAAGCUACAUUUAAGCCUAGUGGGGCGACCUGGUCCCACCACUGCCAGCUUCAACUGGAGUGUACCACCGAAUGAUACAGGGCCAGUGGAGAGGUUUGUGUUGUCCUCCACAGAAUCUUCUGCUGAAGCAGAGUCUGUCAUCCACUACACAGGUUUAUCUACUGAGGCAGUGGCAAGUGGCCUGAAGGCCUUCACCCAAUACACUGUCACACUGCAGGCAUGCUCAUCUGGAGGCUGCACCUCCACUUUUCCUUUGUCACUGCUGACAGCCGCUGCCCCCCCACAAAACCAAUCCCCUCCCAAGGUCACUGCCACUGGACCCCACACCCUGUUCGCGUCAUGGGAGCCUCCUGCUCAGCCAAACGGAGUUAUCACAAGGUAUGAGGUCUUUUUACGAGGUCCGGUGGAGCCACGAAACCUGUCAACUCCGACUGGAGAAAAAAGAGUCUUUGUCAGCACGGGAUGGUUUGAUCCAAGCAUCCCCUCACAAGCACAGCUCAACAAUAGCAUCAUAGCUUCUCCCCCUGAGAGCAGCACCAUUGUGGCGAGUCUGCAGGCCUUUUCCAGCUAUCAAAUGAAAGUCGUUAGUGUCAAUAUGGCAGGGAGUGUCUCAUCAGGAUGGACUACCGCACGCACAAUGGAAGGAGUUCCAGAGUUGAUGCCUCCUCCAGAAGUGUUUGCUCUGACUUCCACCAGUCUUCAGGUCACUUGGAGUACUACUGAAGGUGACGGGGUCAUUGCCAGAGGGCAGGUCACUGAAUUUCGUGUCAAUUUGCUGACUGAACAGACCAACAACACAUAUACUCCUCCUGUCUUCAGCCAGGUGCUGCAGCAUUUUGGACCCUCUGACCAACCUGUUUAUAUAGCGAAAGGGUUGAAGCCUUACCAACUGUACAACUUCACUGUGACACUCUGCACAAAGAAUGGCUGCAUUACCAGUUUAGAAAGCUCGGGUCGGACUCUACCUGCAGCUCCAACUGGAUUGUCCUUACCCCGACUGCAUCCAGUCAAUGACACAACCAUUCAGAUAGACUGGGAUGUCCCAGCUCAAGUAAAUGGACCACACCCAAUGUACCAGGUGGAGAGGACAGACGUCUCUCUUUCUGACCCACAAGCUUCUUUCAUCAGAGGGACGUGGUUCUCUGGGAAUAGCCACUACCAGUUUCCAAGUGACACACUGCCUGUUAACAUUGACUUCACCGGUGUUGAGUUGAGUUUCAAGACUUACUCUCCAGACGGCAUGCUGCUCUGCGCCCUUUCUCCUGGAAAUCAGGAGGAAUUCAUUGCUAUUCAGAUCAAAAAUGGACGUCCUUACUUCUUGUUUGACCCACAGGGCUCAGUAGUGGCCGUCAGUGCUCAGGGGGAUGGAGGGCGCCUCUACAACGAUGGUCAGUGGCACCACAUCACAGCAACAAGGCGAGGAGCUGUGGGAACAAUCGUUGUAAACAAUCAAUACAGAGGUAGUGCUUCAGCCUCCAGUGGAAGCACUAUAAUUGGUGAGAAUACAGGAGUGUUCAUUGGAGGACUGCCAGGAGAUUUAACUCUCCAGAGGAAUGAUCCAGGGCCCGCCCGCCUGAUGCGACAGGGUUUCUCUGGUUGCUUGAGAGACGUGCGUUUUAAGAUGACUGACGGCCCCUCAGAGGAGUGGAGUCCCCUGGACUGGACAAAAGCCACAAAUAAAAUGUCAGCAUAUGAAAGCUGGGAGGGAUGCCCGCUUCAUAUUGGAGAUGGGGCUCAUUUUCUUGGUCAUGGUUACUUGGAGUUGAGCAAAGAUGUGUUCAUCGGAGGAAAGGACUUUGACAUCUCCAUGGAGUUUAGAACAGACCAGUUGAAUGCACUUCUGCUUUUUUCUCACAACACACAGACUGAUGACUAUAUGCUGGUGGAGUUGAAGAGUGGCCUCCUGUUGUUCGUUCUCUCCAGUGGAGGUCAUGUGACAGAGCUUAGUAUGUGGGUGGGUCUGAGCUACUGCGAUGGAGACUGGAAGCAGCUCUCCCUAGCAAAGCGUGUCUCUGUCAUCUCUGCGGCUGUUGAUGACUGGGCAGAGGAGAUGAGGGGAGCUGGAGCAGCAGGGGGACUUCAUGUUGACUCACCAUUAUACUUGGGCGGGGUGCCCACUCAGCUCACCCAUCCUGCUUUGCACUUCCACAGUCACAGACAUGGCCUCGGAGGUUGCAUAAGGGGCCUCACCAUUCAAAGUGAUGAAACAACAAGCCUGCCUGUCAGUCAAAGUGUGAAUCUCUCUGUUGCCUCCCGGCGUUCUGUUAGAAUCUUCCUCGGCGGCUGUCCUACUAGUGAAAGCCGCUACAACUGCAGGGGGAAUGACUCAGUGUUGAUCUUCACUGGUAGAGAGACGCACGCCUUUGAUUACAGUGUGUCGCCAUUCACUGAAUACCUGUACAGGUUUAUAGCUUUAGGUUCAGGAGGCUGGGCAGCCUCGCCUUGGCAGAGAGGACGCAGUCGGGGCAGAGUACCGAGCACCGUCCCGCCUCCCUCCACGUUACAGAUUCUGAAUGGCUUCAGUGCCAAGGUGAGCUGGGCACCACCCACUGGUGAUCUCAGAGGUGUGAUUGAUAGGUAUGAGUUGAGAGCCUACAAUAGAGACCAGCCAGAGGCGCCGCCUAUCAAAGCCAUAUACCUGGCUAAUGGAAAUUUCACAGGUGUUCUGUCCGGUCUCACUCCGUCCACUCAAUACUUGGUGACUGUAAGUGCUUGUAUUGCAACUGGCUGCACUGAAAGUCUUCACAAUGACAACUCUCAUGCUGUUAAUAUGACAUCCGUCCUCGCAACCCCAGAGGAAGCUCCUGGUGCUGUUUCUCCUCCAUCUGCACUCCCAUCAUCCUCAGCUCUUUUUGUCACUUGGGAACCUCCAGCAAGGCCCAAUGGAGUCAUUACAGAGUACCGCGUCUAUCAAAACGACCAAAUGGUCUACAGCGGGGAUGAGAGAUGCCACAACAUUACUGAUCUCGGCGUCUAUACCGCUCACGUCCUGGUGUUGUCUGCAUGCACCGCUGUGGGAUGCACCAACAGUUCACAGGUCACAAUGUUGACCUCUCAGCUUCCUCCCGGGCCACUACGAGCACCAACUCUGACCUUGCUAGACUCGCAGACCAUUCUGGUGGAGUGGUCGCGACCUUCUCAGGUCAAUGGUGUUCUGGAGUUCUAUUCCAUCUUCCUAUCACAAGGUGCUUCAGAGCCGACCCUAGUCUACAACAGCUCAGAACGUGUUGAAGACCACACAAUCCGCAACCUAACUCCUGGCACAGCCUACACCAUCACGGUGGCUGCUUGCACUGGUGGUGGCUGUACAAGAAGCCCCCCCGCUGAGGCUGAGACUGAGGAGAGCACCCCAGAGAAUGUCCCGGCACCAAUCGUCACCCCUUUGUCCCCACAUGCACUUAACAUCAGCUGGACAGCUCCUGAUAAGCCAAAUGGCAUCAUAACCAGCUAUGGUCUUUGGAUGGAUGGUCUUCUCGUAUCAAACUCCAGUUCCUCUCAGAGCUUCUUAGUGGUGAAGGAGCUUUCCCCAUGGAGCAGACACGUACUCAGGCUGCAGGCCUGCACAGCGCGUGGCUGUGGCAAGGGACCAAUGGUGGAAGUGUACACAUUAGAGAUGGCUCCAGAAGGCCCAAUGAUGCUAGAAUUGACCAACCACACCUCUAGAUCUCUCAGAGCCCGCUGGACUGCUCCACCUAGACCCAAUGGCAACAUGAGAUACACACUAUACUAUCACAGUCAAGGUGGCAGUGUGGUGUUGGAUGGAGGCACAGCAGCUGGCACGUGGUUGACUUUGAUAGACCUGCAGCCGUACACCAACUACAGCUUCUGGGUCAGAGGUUGCAACACACAGGGCUGUGUGAAGAGCAUGACGCUUAAUGUUACCACGUCUACAGCAGCUCCAGAUGGGUUGUCCGCCGUGAGACUCACUCAUGCCACGAGCACCAGUCUAAAUGUGUCUUGGUCCGAACCAGCCCACUCCAAUGCUCCGGGCGUGCUUUACUACAGUCUACAAAUGAGGACAUCACCCCAGAGACCUGUGAUCAGCCUCCUGGAAAAUACAACAGACACUUUUUCCUAUCACAUGUCUGGCCUGUCGCCAUACACCCAGUACCUAUUGCGACUGGUGGUCUCACACACACAUGGACAGACAACAGGACCCUGGGAAGCCCUUUACACAGCAGAAGACAGUCCAGGUCCACUUGACCCUCUGACUGUUGUUAUGCUCCAUCCUCGAAAUGUGACAGUCAGAUGGGCACCUCCCUCCCAACCUAAUGGUAUCAUCACCAGUUUCGGCCUUUAUUUUCACCCUGAUGCUAACUCUACUUUAAAUACUAAACCUGGCACCAGUUUGAAACUCAACUCAAUCUUCAAUUCUAAUCCAAGAGACCCUUACUCAAGUCAAAACUUGGAACCAGAACCAAAUGUUACCACCCCUGGCUUAGAUCGACACCUCAUAAAGAGCAACCAGACUCCAGUGUCCACCCAUGUAGGCACCAAGUCAUUAGAUUCUUCUGGAUCCAUUGCCAUCUCAAGGGUGUACCCAAACCCUCCAGUGCCACACAAAGGAUACACUUCAACAAGACAAAACAGUGAACAUUUAAUUAAGCAAGAUGUUCUCCACUACAACAGUUCAUCACCUUUAAGUCUCUCCCCACCAUCAGUCAUUGUUCCAGGGAACACCACAAGCUUCACCUUCCUCGACCUCCUGCCAUACAACUCCUACAACAUCCAACUGGAAGCGUGCACCAGCGUGGGUUGUUCAAUGUCAGAGACGGUGCACUUUCAGACCAUGCCAGCGCCUCCUGAAGGACUCCCUGCACCUCACCUUUACUCUGACACACCCACCUCUGUUCUCCUGUCCUGGGGUGCACCACAGAGCCCAAACGGACCUUUAGAGAGAUGGCAGAUUGAACGCAGAGUUGCCGGCACAGAACAACUCUCCACAGUAGGCCAUCUUCCUCCAGAACCUCCCCCUCUUUCUUUCUUGGAUUCCUCAUCAGCACUUAGUCCGUGGACAACUUACCACUAUAGACUUGUGCUCCAUAAUCUGGCUGGAAACUCCACAGGACCUUGGGCCAGUAUCACCACCAGGCCUUCUCGACCAGCUGGUGUGACUCCUCCCAGGGUUAAAGUGUUGGGACCAGAGUCAAUGCAGGUCACAUGGUCUCCACCUUUAAUUCCUAAUGGGGAGAUCCAGGGUUACGAGCUCCGUCUCCCGCAACCGCGCAUCUUCCACAAUGGUGGCAACACAGCCGAGCUUGCUGUCAGGGUGACAGACUUGAUUCCAUACACAAACUAUAGCGUCACCGUGCUGGUGUGCUCCAAGGGAGGUGGAUAUGUCGGAGGAUGUACAGAAAGUCUGCCGACUCCAGCUACAACAUUAGCCACAAGCCCCCAAGGCCUUGCAGCCCUGUCGGUGGUGGCUGUCAGCGAAUCCUUCCUUGCUGUCUCUUGGCAACCUCCACGCAAGCCCAAUGGACCCAACAUCAGAUAUGAAUUGCUGCGACGUAAAACCCACCAGCCGCUGGCCGUCACCGCAGUCCCCAUAGUAACAGCCCCAUCCGCUAACCCUUCUGAAGAUCUCCAUCGCUGGCUCCAUGUUUACUCCGGCACCAAAUUGUUCUACCAAGAUAAAGGCCUAAGCAGAUUCACCCGCUACCAGUAUCAGUUAGUGGUCCACAAUGACGUGGGCUUUUCUUCAGGAGAAAUCAUCACAGCGGUCACCAUGGCUGGGAUUCCUCUCCAUCCUCCAUCACUGUUUGCACACGCUGUCAAUCACACGGCUGUUCAUGCCAACUGGACACCACCUUCUUUGCACGACCUGCAGGGUGAAGUAGAGUUGUACUUUCUUACAGUCGUCUCUGCCAACUCAAGACAAAACUUGGCUUUUCCCCCAGAAAGCCUCUCUACAGUGGUGACUGACCUUUGGCCCAUGACCACCUACAUGUUGUCAUUACACGUUUCUAAUGGAGCACAUAAUACAACAAAGUCAAUAGUUAACGUCACCACUGAGGAUGGAGAGCCAGAUGGGAUUUUGGCCCCAGAAGUAGUUCCAGUUAACAGCAGCACCGUUCGUGUGCUCUGGUUUCCUCCUCUACAAGCAAACGGAGCUAUUACUGCUUACCAAGUUUACGUGGACGACCGCCUCCGUGGCAGUGUAGACAACACCUCUGGGUCUUACCUGCUGAGCAACUUGCUACCUUUUACUGUUUACAACAUACAGGUGGAGGUGUGCACUGUGUAUGCUUGUGUUCGGAGUAAUAUUACUCAAACAAUUACUGUGGAGGACAUACCUGCUGACAUGGCCACACCGCUUGUACAAGUACUGGGUCCAAGGCAUGUCAAGUUGGACUGGUUCCCUCCGGCAAGACCAAAUGGAAUCAUUUUGGGCUACGAAGUCCUCAGAAGGCCCUUAGGGUCAUGUGGCUCAAGAUCAGCAGGGGGCAUGCCUUCUGUGGGGAAAAAUGCAGGCGGCAUAAAGCUCAGCUGCUCCUACCUGCAGUGUCCAGCCACUUAUCGUGUGUGUGGGAUGUCAUGUUUCCACCCUGAUGCACAGGUUUGCUGCACCGGAAUAUUGUUCAGUAAGAUGCCACACCAUUACUGUUGUGAUGGACGUUACCUGAGCUUCAGUAAUUCCUCCAGUCCAGUCUGCUGCAAUGGCAAACUGUUGCCACCCCUUCCAGACCACCAGUGCUGUGGAGCAUACUAUGUUCAAGUCAACACCAAUGAAUACUGCUGCCCCGACCACUCGCAGGGCCGAGUCUCAGUGGGGCAGGGGGACAGCUGCUGUGGGGGUGUUCCCUAUUCCACCAAAGGUGGCCAGCUGUGCUGCAGUGGGAGCCUCCACGAUGGCUACGGGGUCCAGUGUUGCGGGGCCCGCAUUGUCGAUGAUGCACUGGUUUGCUGUGGUGAUGCGAUGAAGGGACAAGUGCAUACAUACAUUCCAGGUUUUUCCUGCUGUGGUCAAGAGUACAUCAACUCUUCUACCUCUCUCUGCUGCGUCGGCACUGAGGGAGUUCCCACAAUUCACCCUACUGGUAAUGCCACAGUCAGACUGCAGUGCUGUGGGUCAAAGGUCGCACUUCAAGAACAAGAAUGCUGCAGUGGAACUGGUUAUGACCCACAGCGCCAUGUGUGUGCCAACAGGCCUACACCAGACCUUUUGAUGGAGAGUGGCUGUUUGCAGGGUGCCGUGUGCCCGGUGGCUGCAGCCUCCACAGCCUACUGCGGCUCCUGUGACAUCAACCCCACUAUGACGGCCUGCACGUGGGUUCUGUCGGCACAAGCUGACCUUACCUACGCAGUCAACACCACAUCCGAGGGCCUCAUCACAGGUCUCCACCCGCAUGACAACACAAGUAGCAUACUGGGAUAUGACGGGAGCUUGUGCCCAUCCCAUGAGGAGGUAGUGUACAGUGGAGAUGCCAAAAGACAUAGCUAUACAGAUUCCGACCUAGAGCCCUUCACCACUUAUGAGUACAGAGUAAGGGGCUGGAACAGCUUUGGCAGGGGGUCUAGUGAUGGUACCACGGUGACCACCAGUGAAGAUAAACCAUGGGGAGUGCCCCCCCCUCGCUGGAGACGCCUGGGUGAACGAAGUGACGUCAUCCAGUGGCAGUGGCAACCACCAGCUAGGCCUAAUGGCAUCAUAACCCACUAUGUUAUACUGCGUGAUGGACAAGAACGUUACCGUGGCGAUGAAUAUACGUUUACAGACAUGGGCGGGAUAAGGCCUUUCCAGGAAUUCAGUUACCAGCUACGGGCCUGCAACCGGGCUGGUUGCACUGAUAGUACAAAGAUGGUGGCACUAACAGUUCAAGGGGUCCCUGAGGGGGUCCAGUCUCCAACGAUAAGAGCCUUGAGCCCCUCAUCUCUUCUCGUGAGCUGGAUCCAACCUGCACGUCCCAAUGGAAGAGUGUUGUGGCAUCACCUGAACCAGACUGGUGUCGGCACGCUAUUUACACACACUGAUGCACCCGGGAAUUAUACCGUGACUGGCUUGCAGCCGUUCACAGACUACACUUUUGUGCUGGUGACCUGCACAGCUGUGGGAUGUGGCACCAGUUCACCUUCUUCAGGACGCACCCUGCAAGCUGCUCCCACUGGUGUGUGGCCAAGACCCAGACACGUGACAGUAAACACAUCAGUGGUGGAACUGUUCUGGGAUCAGCCGACCAAGCCUAAUGGACAGGUCUCCCGGUACCGGCUGCGCAGAGACGGUCACACUAUUUUUACUGGAGACUACCGUGACCGGAAUUAUACCGACACUAGACUCUUGCCAAACCGCAGGUAUGUUUAUGAACUGGAGGCCAGCACAGGCGGCGGGGUUGGACUGAGUGACAAAUACAUUGUGAAAACACCAGCCUCAUGCCCCACUGGGAUCCCAGCUCCACACAAUGUGACAAUCACAGGCCCUCACUCCAUCUCCUUGGUCUGGAUCCCUCCUGCCCAGUUUAACAUCAGCCAACCUGUACAUUACAACAUCUUAUUGAAUCCAGGAAGUGACAGUGCCGCAGUGCAUCCCACAGGUCAAGACCUGAACCUGACUGUGACAGGUCUACAGCCUUUCACCACCUAUCAUGUCCGAGUGCAGGCUUGUCAGACUGGUGGGUGUGGCAUAGGAGAGGGUAUUUAUGUUCAGACUUUAGAAGCUGCACCAGAAGGUCUAACACCACCCUCAGUAACAGCAUCUGGUCCUGGUGUCUUAGAGAUCCACUGGUCUCCCCCCGAAAAAAGCAAUGGCCUCAUCACCUCCUACCAUAUAUACAGGUCCCCAGUGGAAACAGAGGAGGAACUGCUGGUUUUCAUCUGGUCUAGAGGACCACUGGAGUUUUUUGAUGCAAGCCCUUCCUUGGAGCCCUUCACCUCCUACUGGUACAGGGUUCAAGCUUACAACUCUAAAGGUUCAACUCUGAGUCACAGGACGCUAGCCCGGACACUGUCAGCAGUACCAAAGGAUAUGGCUCCUCCCACUGGCACGCCCACUGGUGCAUACUCUAUCCAUCUGAAAUGGAGUGAACCAAAAGAGCCCAACGGUCUCAUUACGAAUUAUAAACUAAUUUACAAGAAGCGGCAGCUGGACCCGACACUCAACUCACCUGCAGUGAUUGCACUCACUGUGGAGGGUUCAGUCCGAGAAGCAACAGUCUUUGGCCUUGAGCCCUACAGUGAAUACAGUCUACUAGUGGAAGCCAUAAACGAAGCAGGCAGUGUCUCCAGUCCAUGGGUGGGCAUAAGGACCACAGAGGCUUCUCCUGCUGGACUGGCUAACUUCAGUGUGGAGCAGAAAGAGCAGGGCAGGUCCUUACUGCUCAGCUGGGAUCCACCAAGUUCUCCAAAUGGAGCCAUCACGAUGUAUAAUUUGUACAGCGAGGAAAACCUGGAGUUUAGUGGUCUGUCACGUCAUUUCCUGUUCCGACGCUUGGACCCAUGGACCACAUACACUCUAACUCUUGAAGCUUGCACAUCAGCAGGAUGCACAAGGAGUCCACCUCAUCGUGUCACCACUGAUGCGGCUCCACCUGAUUUGCAGCCUUCUCCCACACCUCUUUCCAUUGGUUCAGACCAUGUGUUGCUUACCUGGGGACGCCCUGCUCAGCCAAAUGGGCCCGUUGGCGAGUACUACUUACUGGGAAGAAGUCAGGAUCAGAUGGGGAGGGGAAGAAGCAAUGAGGAAGAUGCUGCAAGAGAAAAAGUGCUGUUCAGACAAUCAUCUCCACAAACAAAUGCAACUUUCUUCUACACGGUGACCGGAUUGCGCCCCUGGACUCAGUAUGACUUCUCCAUACGUUCCCAUAACCCUGCUGGCCACACCCACAGCCCCUGGUUAACAGUGACAACCAAACAAGCCUCACCUCUUGGCCUUGCCCCGCCAACAGUGAGUCACCUUCAGGAUCAACCUAGUGAAGUGUUGGUAUCCUGGACUCCUCCUUUAGAACCCAAUGGGUUGCUCCAGUCAUACAGGAUCCAGAGAAACAAUGUGAGCUUCUCGUUUAGUUUUGACCCAACAGUCCUCAACUAUACUGACAAGGAUCUCCUUCCUUUUUCUAGCUAUAGCUAUUCAAUCACAGCAUGCACAUCUGAGGGAUGCAUCACAAGCCCUCACACUAACAUUACCACCUUAGAGGCUCCCCCUGCCACUGUAGAGGUUCCCACUGUGGACUCCAUCACAUCCAACAGUAUGAAUGUUUCCUGGACUAAACCAGUGACCCAGAAUGGGGAGGUAACUGAAUAUGUUCUAAAAGUGAACAACCAAGAGGCUUAUCGUGGGACAGACCUGGAGACAGUGCUGCCACACCUGAAUCCUCACACGUCCUACCAGCUAGUGCUGUUAGCUUGCACCAGUGGUGGAUGCACUGCCAGCGCAGCAACAUCCACUGCAACAGAGGAGGCUCCUCCUAUGGAUAUGCCUGUUCCCACUCUGAAGGUCACUGGUCCAGAGUCAGUAGAAGUUAGCUGGCGACCACCACAGAACCCUAAUGGCAUCAUCACAGCAUAUGAACUCAGCAGAGAUGGCAAAGUAAUCUAUGUGGGCCCCGAGACACACUACCACGACUUCACUCUUCUGCCGAGUGUGGAGUACAGCUACUUUGUCUGGGCCAACAACAGUAAAGGGGCAGCGAGCAGCGCCUCAGCCACGGCAAAGACUCACCCAGCGGCUCCUUCCGGUGUUGGUCUCCCCGUGUUGUCACCUCUGGGACCUAGUCAGGUGAAAGUGGAGUGGAACAUUCCCGCCCGUCCUAAUGGAGACAUUAUUAGUUACACAGUAUAUCACCGAGAUCCCGUCCAGCUCAGUGUAAGCAGCACUGUGUACACUCCAGAGGACAGUGUCUUCUCAGAGAAACGCACCACUCUAAAGGGGCUUGCUCCAUACCACAGGUAUGAGGUGAGGUUGGAGGCUUGCACUGUGCUAGGUUGCUCCUCCAGCGACUGGUCAUCCAUCCUCACGCUUGAGGCUCCCCCUGCUGGACAGGCGGCACCACUGUUGGAUCUGCAUCCAGAUACCUACACAGGCCACAAGACAACCUUCCUGCUAACCUGGUCCCCUCCGGCUCAACCAAAUGGGAGGAAGCUGCAUUAUGAGGUGUACCGCAGGCUGGAGCGCACAGUUGAUACCCACAGAAGUGAUGCAGCAGCACUUGUGUACAGUAACUCAUCCACAAGUUGCAAGGAUGAGGGACUCCUGCCUUUUACUGCAUAUCAGUACCAGCUGUGGGCAGUGAACUCAGCCGGCCGCUCUCCUAGCCAGUGGGUUAGCGGGACAACUGGACCUUCCCCACCUGAAGGUGUCGCUCCGCCCACUUUCCUACGCGUCUCCGCAACCACAGCGGUGGUGGAAAUGCAGUCUCCGGCCCGGCCCAAUGGCAUUGUCAGCCUUUACCGCAUCUUCUAUCUUGACCGCAACGAUGAUGUCACUCUGCUCUCAGAGGGCACAUCCCAUCAGCAGACACUUCAUGGUUUACAGCCUUACACACAGUACAGGGUUGGAGUGGAGGCCUGCACCUGUUAUCAGUGUUGUAGCCAGGGACCACUCGUCGUGCUGCACACCCUGGCUGCCCCACCAUCACGCCAGACGCCUCCUCGUGCCAUCAUGCUAACCUCUCGCUCGGCCCAGCUGGCGUGGAUGGACCCUCUGGAGCCCAAUGGAAUCAUCGAGAGCUGUGAGCUACAUCUCAGAACAGCCUGCCCGCAGCCCCCGCAGCCUGUGCUUCAUCCUUGUGUUACUGGACCAUCAGAAAUUAAAUUCUUCGGCAAAAGGCGGAGCUACAAUGUGACAGGUCUGCAGGCUUAUUCCACCUAUGAGCUGAGAGUGGCCUGCUUCAACAACAUGGGCAGCACCGCCUCCAACUGGACUGCUGUUGUAACUCUCACGGAAGCUCCACAGUACGUCUCACCCGUAUCUGUGGGCAGCAACCUGACGGUCAUAUGGCUGGACUGGACCAGGUCCUUCUCCCUAAACGGCUACUUGAAGGAGUAUACUGUUACAGAGAGCAAGCUCAGGAUCUAUAGUGGCUUCUACAGUUACCUUCAUGUUGUACGCAAGUCACAGAAAACACUAUCAUUUCAGGUAACAUGUACCACAGACAGUGGUAGUGCCACCACUCCCGCUGUCAGAUACAGCCCCGCUGCGGGCCUAGGUCCAACUGAUCCAGGCGAGAUGAGCAAAGAGGGGGUGAGCAUGUCAGCAGCACCAGUUUAUACCGAGCUGUGGUUCAUUCUGCUGUUGGCGCUGCUGGGUCUCUUCCUGUUGGCCAUCAUGUUGGGUCUCUUGCUGCAAAGAGCUCUGAGGAAGAAAACAUCAGCCAGAGAGCGCCCUCCACUGGUCAUGCUUCAGAAGAGCAAGAAGGCUGGGGGCGAGACAUACUCGAGGCCUUGUCCUGACUUGUGUUCUAAACAUCAUUCUGGCUCUGUGCUUCAUCCCGAUCAUCUCACAGGCCUUUCCGACACCAAGAUAGUGGGCAGUGGCUCUCCAUUUAGCCCCAUGUCUGUUCUGAGAGUCCCCAGCCAAAGUGACCUGACGCAAGCCUACUCCCAUCGUUCCUUGCACCACAGCCUCAGUCAGCUCAUUGACAGGAAGGCUCUGAUGGACGAAGGCUGCUGGGACAACCCUGGACUGUAUGUGGAGGAAGACUUUGCAGAUGCUAUCAAGGCUCUAAGCUGUGUGAAGAAGGAGCACGCCACCUUCACUGACACACAACUUUAAGAUGGAUGGACUGCAGUGGCCAAACAGGUAUCACACCGUUAAAAUGCACAUUAUCUUAGUAUAUGAUCCACCACUUUUGGUGUCAUGUCGUGAAGUUCACCGAAAGAGUGUGGGAUAGGUACACAGUUUACACGUGGAUUUUCAUGGUGGUAGACAAUAGCAGUCUCGUUUGCGUGGAGCUUUAAUAUUUCCAAUUCGCCUCUUCUUUCCAAAAGUCUCUGCGCGUCAUUUACACACUUAAAAACGGAUGUCGUCCUGUAGCUGCAACAUGACUUCCUGGAUGGCCUUUCUCUUUGUUAGCGUGAUAUAAAAAAAAUGCCAACUUCUUUUCUGAGUGUCUUAAAUUUGGCUGGGAAUCACUGAUGUGGCGUUUUACUGACAUGAUGUGAUGUAACGUUUGUGGGAAGGUUAUUGCUGUAGCUGCUGAGUAUUGUACAGUGUAUGUGUCAUAUGCUGUAUGUUAUCAAAAGGUCAUCUGGUCAAAACUGCAUACUCACCUUGACUUAUUCAUGUACUCACUUUGACUUAUUCAUGUAUACUCACUUUGACUUAUUCAUGUAGUUUUUAUCUGUAUCAUGUGCAGUGUCCUUAGGUUUUUAGAACGGCGCUAAUGUAUUGUUUCUUGAGACGAACAAGGUAGAUUCAGGGGUGUCCAAACUUUUCCCACCUAGGGCCACACACAUAAAAAAAAAAAGAAAGCAAAAUGAGUCCAUUUUGGUGUUUUUCAUUGUUUUAAACAGGCUAAGUCCAACCAGUGUAGACAUGCUAAAAAGUUACAUACAUUUGAAGUAAAUCAGCCUGCAUGUCAGCUUUGUUUUAGUUAGUUAGUGCUAUCACUAUUAACAUUUUAACAGUUUUUGCUGUUGUUGUUUUUUUUAUUUUCUUCUUUAAUUGUAUUUUUAAGAAUAUGGCGCAAGCCAAUAAAAAACAAGCUGCGGGCCACAAUUGGCACCCAGGCCGCUCUCCGUUUUAUUUCUGUAUUGUUUUUUUCUGUAUAAAAAUGUAUUAUGAUUGUUUGUAUGCUGGCAGUAUUAUUUAUUUUUGCUGUAAAAUCAUAUUUACUUGUAGAUGAUGCUAUGUUAAAUGUAAGUCAAAUAUAAGC